UUCAUAGUCAUGGGGAGCCUCUACGUGCCCAUGAUUAUCAUCUCCAACACGUUUGUCUUCUGGGGGAUCCUGCUCUACCCCGGAUUCUACACCUGCAACAACUUCCUGCUGAUGAACCUGGCCGUCUAUGAUUUUCUCAUGGGAGCCUUCGGCAUACCCAUGUACAUCCUCGGCUACACAGAGGCGACCAAACAGACCAUCAACAACAAUAAAUACUUGUGUCUUCUCAAGUUCACGUCGGUGACGCUCGCCGCAGGGGGCUCGAUUCAGGCUCUGCUCCUGAUUUCAAUCGACCGCUACAUCGCCGUGCUGUGGCCCCUUAGGUAUAAUGUUUUGAUUACCAUCGAGAAAGCCUUCAAACUUCUGGCCAUCGAUGCAGUCUUUGUCUUUGUUGUGUCUAUGCUCCCGAUUUUCGGAUGGAACAAUUAUGAUUACAGUGUGCAAGACGUAAAUCUACGCUGUAAUUACUACACGGUAUUACCCUUGCCGUAUGUGGUGUUCUGCACAAUCAUAUUCACGUAUACUUGCAUCUUGAGCUCGGCCUUUCUCAACAUACAUAUCAUAGGAAUCGUGAUUCGACAAGCCCAGACGCGCCGGCCGUGCCACACGGGCGAGGCCAUCAGGCAGUACCGGUCGCGAAUGAUGAGUGUGAAAAUAACGUUUGUUUUAAUGAUCAUCUUCAUACUCUUCUGGUGCCCGUACUUAGUCAUCGUGCCGUUUAAACUGCGGCACGUCUCCGCCUUGGACACGGUGGAGGCCAACAAAACGUUCGCCCUGCUGAUUGCCUUCUCCAACUCGUCGAUCAACGCGGCCAUCUACGCCAUCCUGAGAGAGGAGUACAUGGAAGUGUAC